AUGUCUAUGCAUUUCGCUCCUCAGUGGGCAAAGCCUAUCAAACCCAGCGGCAACGCGCUCACAACCCCGACUUCCGAAUUUCCAGCUACCACUACGUCUAUGAACAAGGCUAAUCGUCCAGCGGCUGUCCAAUCUCCAUCCACAACCAUUGCACCCUCAUCCAACGUCUCGUUCCCAGCUCUGUCCCAGGGUGGGACAACUCCGACAAGUCUUACUGGAAAUACACCAGCUCAGCCUGUUCUCAGCUACUCCAGAGCUACACACACUCCUGUCACUCCGACUUUUCCCCGCGAUGGCUCAUAUUUCCCUUCGGGAGAUCCAGCCGGACAGAAUGGAACCCACCCUCAUCCAUUUCGUUACAGCAAAGAAUCCAUUUUGUCACUGUGGAAUGAGGAAAAGGUCAGGGAACGGCCCAUCGAGCUGGCAGACAUGGGGAUAGGAGGUGAUGUGUUGGUCAGCAAGAGCCUGGUCAAGCCUGUUGGUUUAAGAGACUUGUCAGAUAUCGAAAAGAAGCUCUUAGCGACCUCUGUGCAUCCUCCCAAUCCAACUCGACGCGCGCCAGGUGCCGAGCCCAGUGCGAACGGCACGCCGUCUCGACGACCAAUCGGUCCACCGACGACUCGCGAAGCCGGCCCAGGAUCUCGAUCAGGUCCAAUGGGAGGCUUUGGUCGUGGAGAGGGACCCGCGUUCGGAGGAUCGUUGGGAAAACCAGGCACGAUUGGAGGUGGCGCACCUGGUGCGCCCGGCGAAGGCAAAACCCUCGGAGCCAUUGGUGGUGGAUUUGCAGGAGUCAAACGGCCGGGCAGGCGCACUGAUAGUGUUGAUGCUGGGCAGGGCACGGCAUGGAGACCAACUCGCACAGUCUCGGGCAGCUUUGAGGGUGUCUUAGGGUUUGGAACCGCUGGAACUUCGACUCAGUCGACUGCUGCGACAUCAAACUCUGCAAGCCCCGCGACUCCUACCACUACAGCAGGCUUCGAAGCAGCUCCAGGGGCAUCGAACAAGGAGCCGGAGCCAAAUUUUGGCACGGGAGGAGGUCCAGGAUGGGGAACGGGUCAGAAAAAGUGGCGUAUCGCUGCUGGUUUGAAUGCGCCAGAAAGUCAAAAGGAGCUGCAUAUUCCUAUCCUCUCUGAGACCCGCUCUGAAUCAGUCGCUGCGACCGCACCUGGUACACCGCUCCGUGAACGUGAUGCUACGGUUGAGGAUACUGCUACCCCUCAACCCGUUUCGCAAGACCUCCCAACAACCGACAUGAUCCCUACUCGGCCUCCCGCGAAACAGGAUCUAGGUGCCGUCGAAUGGUACUAUCGCGAUCCUGGUGGCCAGGAGCAAGGACCUUUCACCGGCACUCAGAUGCAUGAUUGGUACUCUCAUUCCUACUUUACCGACGACCUGCCACUUCGACGAGCCUCAGAAGACUCAUUUCACACCCUUGCUGAGCUCAAGACCAGCACCGGUAAUGCCGUUCAACCAUUCCUCUCUCCUGUCCGCCCUCGCAACUUGCCUCCAAAUCUCCCACUUCCAUUUGGCAUAUCCCCGACUGUCUCUCCUCAGCCGACCAACGGAAUAAGCGACCAGCUUCGUAAUCUCAACCUCAGUUCCUCUUCUCAUCUUGACCCUGCUCCUCAAACGUCAUACCAACAAUACCUGCCGGAGAGGAACGUGGCACCUGGUCAUCCAGUGCAUCAAGGUGUGUACGAGCCACAAAUUCCUCUGUCGUAUGGUCAGGCGCCCGUCAACGCAUGGGGACAACCUGCCCCCAUCAACCGCGUCAAUAGCUUCGGCUCGGUCGGCAUGGCUUCGCCUGUUGGGCAUGGUCCAGGAGCCUUUCCACACCAUCAUCAACCUGUCCCACCUCAACCCGCCUCGCAGUAUCCCCAAUUCUUCUCUCCGUCUGCUGGCGUGGGCGCCGUUCCCCAAAAUACGUGGAAUGUCCCUCAGCAACAAGAACAUCCCCAGCAUCAUCAACAACAGCAAUUCGAUAAACGUCAAGGGCUGCCUGCUUCUGGAGCGUGGCAACAGCUUCAAGCCGCACCUAUACAGAUGCAAGAGGAUUACCAAUCGGUCAUUGCUGUUCCUCCCCAAGAGGAGGAGCCAAAAAGUCUGCCUGAGCCCACGGUGCCGGAUGUUGAGCCCGAGUCGGUCGACAGCAUACAGCCUGAAGCAGUCGAGGAAUCCCAAGUUGAGGAAACCGAGCCUGAGCCCGAGCUCGAAUCACAAGCGAAGCCUGACGUUCUUCCUGCGGUUGCCAAGACCCCCUCCCGCAAGGCGACAGUUGAACAGACAAGCCGGAAAUCUUCCAUUUCUGCGGCCGGUGCCACUCCGACCAGCAGCACCUCCAGUCGCCUGCCUCCAGCUCCAGCUUCGCUCCCCGCCAAACCCAUCGCCAUCUCCACCAUAGCUGCUCAACCUUCUCCCGACAAGGCCACACCUUCCGCAGUCUCGGCUCGUCCCGCACCUUGGGCCGACAAGGAGGGUAGCCGAACGGGCGGAUUGUCUCUUAGAGAGAUACAGGAAGCCGAGGCCAAGGAAGCUGAGGCUCGUCGGGCUGCCAAAGCCGCCGCUGCCACCGCUUCACCCAUUCCUACGCCAAGUGCAGAUGAGAAGAUUACCAGCAUGACCUGGGGUCUUCCCACGUCUCAGAAGGGUGCUGCCCCGUCUGUAUCGACUCCUCCUCCUGUUGCUGGGGCUGCGCCAGCCUGGGGUGGCGGAGAUGCUGGACCCAAAAAGACGUUGAAGCAGAUUCAAGAGGAAGAAGAGAAGCGCAAAGCCAAGCUCGCUCAAGGACAGGGGCGGACUGCCGCCUCUGCGGCGAACGGGUCUUCCGCUCCGAGUGUGAAGAGGGGCUAUGCGGAUCUUGCAGCUGCAUCUCAGACCGGCCAGUCUACGGGACCAGGAUGGACCACUGUCGGACCAGGUGGCAAGUCCUCGGCUGGAGUCGCUGCUGCUCCGACCGCUACCGCCGCUGCUGCUCCUCGACCAGCUUCCAUUCCCCCUAAACCUGUCACCUCAAUCCCUUCCAAGCCUGUGUCCGUCAUCACGUCUACAGCCAAGCCAAAAGCCAAUGGUUCUGCUGCGGAUGAAGGCCCUUCAGUCGAGUUCAUCAAAUGGACAAAGCAGGCCUUGACGGGACUCAAAAUCAAUGUCGACGAGUUUAUCCAAAUGCUCCUGAGUUUCCCAGUCGAUCCACCCGCUUCUUCUCGCGGCGACGUUCUCGAGAUCAUCUCCGACUCCGUGUACGCCAAUUCAUCAACACUUGACGGAAGACGGUUCGCAGAAGAGUUCAUGACGCGUCGCAAGGCCGACGCGAACAGAUUCCAGGGAAGCAAUGGAACUGCCAACCCUGCAAAGUCUGUUUCAGGUCCGGGCUCCCUCGCGGACGUCGUCAAGAGUGUACCGAAGAAGGCAGAGGACGCUGGCUUCAGAAUUGUCAAAGCAAAGGGAAAGAAGAAGAAUUGA